UGAAAGCCUUUGUGGUUUGUGGCAUUCCAUUCUCUGCAAUUGAGAAUCCAUUUUUUAUCGACCUUCUUCAAAAUUUGUGCCCAAGUUAUGAACCACCAUCAAGAACAGUAUUAGCAAGUCAAUUGUUAAACCAAGUGCAUUCUAAAAUUAUUAUAAAACGGGAAGCUGUUCUUAGAGAAUCAAAAAAUUUAACGAUGGAAUAUACAUUUAGUUCACGCCUUAUAAAAGAUUGUAAUGAAAUUAUAAAAUAUUUUAAAAAAUCGCAUCAACCAAAUGCAUACUUACAACAAGCAGUCAAUGAGUUAAAAAUUUCUGGGGGAGGAUUAAAAAAAUUUGUUGAUACAAGAUGGACUUCCGCAUAUGAAUGCACUCUAUCUGUUAGUCAGCUUGAACGUAUUGAAUUACGAGAACAACAGUUUCAAACAAUUGCAAAAACAGCAAUUACAAUAUGGCAACAAGAAGGAUAUGAUCAAUAUGAAUGUGCAAAUCUCGUAUCAUAUAUGCAACAAUUCCGAGAAAAAGAAGAUGGAUUUGAUCUACCUUAUAGUUUUGAAAAAGAUACACCCCUGUUAUGUUGGAUGACAAAUCAUGUUGGUUCUAAAUCAAUUGGACAAUUUGCAAGAAAGCUCUUUUUAAUCGUUUCUCAUUCUGCUGAUUGUGAAAGGACCUUUUCAUCAUUAG